GCGGGUCAUUUGACUGGCUGCCUCGUUUCGACUAUAAACAGAGGCAAAUUCAGUCCAUAGAGAGAUCUAUUAUUUUCACUUCUUUCUCUGAACACGAACCUAAGACUUCUGAGUUAUCAAAGAAAAGAAAAUGUCUCUACCACUCAGGAGCAACACAUUGAGAGAUAUAAACUUGAAAGAGAAUCAGGCUCGUCCAAAACCAUUGCAGAACCAGAGGACAGCAAACACAAGGCGGCCUGCACUGGGUAAUGUGACAAAUCAAGUGAGGAGACAACCACAGCGUAUUGCCAAAGACAAGCACACUGUUCUCCAUGGGACAAAGCCAGGCUUUGGGGGUCAAGAGAAUGCAGGACCAUCAAAUCCACAAAAAUCAUCUGGUUUCACGAUAUUUGAGGAUGUAAUACCACAGCCAACACGAGUGAGCAGUCAGAAUCUUCAGGUCCAUGAACCAAUGCAUGAUCAGGAAAAUUUAAUCCCAGAACACAGCUUAGUACUGAGGGAUAUGGUCACUGGAUUAAAUAAAAAUGGAUCACAUUUUCCUGCGUUGGCUCAGCGAAGCCUGGAAGUAACUGGAUCCCCCAUGCUGAUUGAUACUGUGAAGGAUCGGGAUACAUCUGAAAUCAAACAGGAUGAGUUCGGAUUGGAGCCUUACUUCAGUGAUAUUUACAACUAUCUAAAAGCUGUUGAGCCUGCAAGUCGACCACAGAGGGAUUACAUGAAUAGGCAAACAGACGUCUCUACAUCAAUGAGAAACAUUUUAGUGGAUUGGUUGGUUGAGGUUGGAGAGGAAUACAAACUGCAGAGAGAGACUUUGUUUCUGGCCAUCAACUACAUUGACAGAUUUCUUUCGUUGGUUGGAGUUCACAGACCUAAGCUCCAGCUAGUUGGGACAGCCAGCAUGUUCAUAGCCGCAAAAUACGAGGAAAUCUAUCCUCCUGAUGUUGCCGAGUUCGUUUAUAUUACUGAUGACACCUACACUCGUGCUCAGGUUCUGAAAAUGGAAAGUGUUAUCCUGAAGUUGCUGGACUUUAAGGUUGCUGUGCCAACCAUCAACUGGUUUUGUGAAAGAUUUCUCAGCCUAGUAGACAUGCCAGACAAAGCAAAGUCUCUUGCAUUUUUCCUCACAGAGCUGUCCUUGAUUGAAGUGGAAGAGUUUCUGGAUUACCGUCCCAGCAUGAUCGCUGCAUGUGCUAUCAUUCUUGCUCGCAGCACUCUCAAAAUUGGAGAACCAUGGCCUUCAAAUAUUGAAAAGCACAGUGGAUACUCGUUGAAUGACUUGAAAGACUGUGUACAGUGCUUGUUCAGACUUUACUCAAGGAAAGCAACCAUGCCUCAGCAAGCUGUAAUUGAGAAAUACAAACAUGAAAAGUUCCACUGUGUGUCACUUGUUGAUCCUCCAGCAGUUUUGGCCAUCCAUUAACUGACAUCUCCACAGUCUUGAUAGUUACGGCACUGGUCUACAACUACAAUCUAAUUUUAUAACCACAUUAACUUGAGAUUGUGUUCAGGUUUGUCUUCAGACAUUCAUUCAUGUAUUUUAAAACUUCAAUGCAUGGAACAUUUUUUGGUGUACAUUUUUUACUAUCAUAAUCAAAAUUAAGAAAAUUAAAAAAAAAAGUUGGCAUGUUGUGUACAUACGUGCGUGCGGUUGGUUAAUAUGUAGAUGUAGAUCUGGAUUGGAUUUAAAGUGCAAUAUGUGAUGAAUUAUUCGUGGUUUCUUUGUGUUCUCCUUGCGUCACUUAACUAGAUGAGAGAACUUUUGCAGUGCUCGAAGUCUGGCUAUAUGCCUAUAGGAAGAAUAAAUGUAUGCCGUUUGAGAAUUUUCAAAUUUUUAUCUAGAUUUUUAUUGCUAUUUUUACCAAAAGCUCCAUAUUAAAAGUUUGUUGAAAGAGUAUAUCUGUGUGCAAGAUAAUGCAGUCUUUACCGACUCUUUUUUGGGGUCUACUUUACUGCGGUUGCUUGUCUUUCUUACUUGUUUUUUUACACACGGGCUAAGUAUGUCCCCAUUUUUUUUUUAAUGUUAGUUUUAAACUAGUAUAGCUUCUGUUAUCAUCUACUGUCACGGUUUUUAGUUUGCAGUGCAGUUGUUAGUAUAGGAAUAGUAUUUCAAGGGCAGAGAAGCCAGGAUUGACUUAUCCCAUCUUGUUGAUUGAAUGUACAUUUUCUCUGUAAAUAACUUGUGUAAAGAGACAUUUCCGCUAACUAGCUGAUUUUGUCAAUAUGCGUACUCAGGAUCCAUGCGAUCAGUCUUAAUUUUUUUAAACCCCAUAAAAUAGACAUACUGAGCCCGUAGCACUAGUAUAUUUUUGCGAAUAAAUUAUAUCACUGUAACUUUGUAAUUUUUAUACAAUUACAACUUUUUUUGUGAAAUGCUUGUAUCAUUCAGCAAAGUUGCUGGAUGUACCUGCUUCCUACUUUAAUUCUUUUUAUUAAAUUUUUAAGAAUACUAAGAAA